AUGGUACUGUACAAAAGAAAGCCGAUUGUGCUUCCAACACCUAAGGCGCUGCCAAGAAAUUUGGCGUGCAAAGUUUGGCAUAUUAAAGAAACAGGAGAAUGGUUUUGUACAUAUCAGGGGUAUUUGGAUCGGCUUGAUUUCUAUAUGAGACAUUAUUUUACGUGUGAGAUAACGGGGACUUCGUGUUUGACAUUUUUUGAUGCUUUGAAUAGUGAAGAGAGUCAGUUUAAGAAUGUUGAAGAGAAGUUUCCUUUAAAGUUGCGGGAGCCUGUUGCACGGUUUCUUCAUUUCAACGAAGUGAGGCGGUUGGAUUUGUUAGUGGAGCAGGUUUAUGCGAAGUUCAAGACGGAUUUUUUUCCUGGAGAGAUAGUUUAUCUGCGUAAGAAUCGUCAAGAGAUGACUCCUACGCCGGACGAUUUGUUUAAAGAUGGGGAACAGCCCAGUGCGCCUAAUUCGUCGUCGUCGAACUAUAGUGGGCAUGUUUUGCAGUAUCAGAAGCCGUAUGUGAUAAAGGAGAAGGCGCAUUUCAAUGCGGUCAUGGAUCCGGAGACGAAGAAGCAGCUGUCGCCUGCGUAUUCCAAGUAUAUGUUGACUGAGGAGCAUUCUAGUGGGACGGGCAAUUAUAUUAUUGCGGACCAGUCACAAAUUUACAGAGACCGGUCGAGCUUUACCAAGCAUCUGAUUAAAUGUUUCUGUAAGAUUACCCUUCGUCGUGCGUCGUCGAAGAUGGGUGCUCCUUGGUGUGUGAAGGAAGAUUAUUUGCCUAUGUACGGGCUGACGAUGGAGUGGCCUGCCGAUAUGUUGAAGUACAAAGAAGAUCCUGUAGAGUCAGGAUUGAAUGCCGCCUCGUCUAAGAGGUCGCAUGAAGAAGGAAACGUCGGCAGUAUUGAAGCUUAUUGUGGGUUUCCUGAUAUAGAACAUGAACUUGGCGAUGGGCUGAAGGAGCACAAAAAGAGAAUCAAAAGGGAUAAUCAGGCAGCUUUGUUGCCAUAUUCUACUAAUGGUGCGGGAGUUUCCACCGAUGAUACAGACAAGAAACGACAGGAUUUGCAGGAAGACGAAAAUCUGCAAUAUCAGGCUGGUAUCCCACUCCCACAAACUGAAGCUACGCCUAUAACUUCUAUUAUGGAAGACAUGAAGUUGCCAUAUGUUGGCCCACACCAGCCAUUGUCUGCGCUACUGACAUAUUCGAAAGAUUUGGAACAUAUACCGCUGAACUCUAAUAUCGCUCUUUUUAAAGAAUUUGACAAGUUAAUCCAGUGUUAUACGUUUCUAAAUACGUUUAAUGAAAAGAUAUGCAUGUCAAAUUUUACCUGGGAGAAUUUUAUAACAACAUUGAGAUGCACUGACGUAAAACUUUUUUCAGGUAAAGUAGUGACCAUUAAACAAAGGGAUAAUGAUAUAGACAACUUCACAUUUAAUGGAAAGGAUACUAGCGAUUCUGAUCCACAGUUCAAAUACUCUUUAAGCAAAUCUCAGUUUGAAGAAGAUGCGGCAGCUUUUAUUGAAUCGAAAAAUAACCAAUAUUUAUGUUAUACCAUUGAGGACGACGUUCCAGUAGACGACGAAUAUCUAGAUGCCAUAAAUGGGAACGGCUCAGCCUUGCUCAUAGAAUGCUUUGUAGCUUUACUUCGGCUCUUCAUUGAUGAAGAAGGUGACUGGAAAACCUUGGUUAUGGAAAACUGGUAUGAUGAUGAUGAUGAUGACGAUGACGAUGACGACAACAAUAACAACAACAACAAGGAAAAUUCUACGAAGGAUUCAUCAAAUAAACUAUCGAGUAAACAGAAUGCGACCAAUGGAGAAGGCGUAGACGAUAACCCCAAGUCCGAAGAAGAAGAAGAUAUUCAUGACAGUAAUAGUGAAAGUAGCAAAUAUUUACAAGAAAAUGAUCAGCAGGAAGAUUCAAACGGAAUUACGAAUCCUGAAAUUGAUACCUUAUUGGACAAGUGUUUGACAUUUCGUAAAAUAAAUUGGUCUGAGCGGCUAACGAAAAGACAGUUUCAAAAUGGAUUUUGGAUUAUUGAGUUAUUGGGUAUUUAUCAGGAUUGCAUGCACUUGCCAAUGUACACUGAUUUUAUCCACAAAUUUAUCAGAGCUGUGGUACCCAAAGAGUCACAUCCUUGCCAACUAAACAAAAUAUUGUGGAGAAAUUUUGCGAGAAAUCUAACAAUAGAGGAAAAGGUUACUUCUAUGUGGAUAUUAGUUGAUUUGGUGUCUAAUUUUUCACAGGAAAUCAAAGCAGCAGUCGAGGAUUCCAUGGAGCUUUGUGGUCAAAUCCGCAGUGAAAGAUACAAGAUUGGAAGAGAUUUGAAAUCAGAAUACCAAAUUUUGUCUGAACUGCAAGAGUCCAGGAAAAAACUUGAGGCUAAUGCCGUAUCCCAAGAAUUCUUAGAUUUGGAAAAGAAACUUGAACAGCAAGAAUCGAAGAUUGCGCAUUUGCAGGAUGAUAAGUAUUAUUUAGAUCGUGUAUUAUGUGAAAACGACUUGCAAAGAUUAAAGCCAUUGGGAAUGGAUAGAUACGGUAAUAAGUUUUAUUGGUUGGAGUUGUACGGAAUGAAUAGACCUUCAAAAGCUGGGGAUGAUGCAUUUGUGUCGUUAACUUCUGGCAGAAUCUGGAUUCAAGGCCCCAAUUUAUGGGAUUCAACUUAUAUUUUGGGAGUUAGUGAAGAAGAAGUCGAAGAAUGGAAGCGUUUAAGGCUUACCUGUGGACCUAGUGAGGCGACAAAGUCUGUUUUCAAUAUAUACCGCGCGGAAGAUGGAAGUUACAAACUAUUUGAGACCACAUGUAACGAAGAGGUUGAACUUAUUGACCGUCAUGGUAUAAUAAAUCAUAAUAGAACGCUAACCCCUCUACAAAAGAAGAUUAUAGAUGAAACCCCAGAAGGUUUAUUAUUGUCAGAUGAUCAAUGGUAUUAUAUAAACAGUAUCGAAGAUUACAAAAUUUUAGUUGAUUGGUGGGAAAAUUGGGGCAGACGUGAGCAUGAUCUGUUGAGACAAGUCAAGAGUGCCGAAUGCGAAAUUUUGGCCAGUUUGGAACGUGAUCUGGAGAAUAUUGACAAGUUGGAAGCGGUGAAAGAACUAAAGGAGCAAUUCCACCAAUAUGAAUUAUCUGAAGAUGAAUUAAAGGCAACUGUGCAAACGAUUAGCGAAGAGGAUGACCAAGAAUUUAAAGAAGGUGAUCAACUGGAGCAACUAGCAGAGGAAAUCAUGAAACUUGACGAUUCUUUUAAGACACGUAAAAUCCUCAAUAAGAUACGGAAUCUAGAGUUACAGCGUGAUGAGCUUUUGGCCAAGAAGCAGUCCAUCGAAGGUUCCAAAAAACCAGGUUCACGUGUGCAGCUACGUUCUGAACGUAAGAGAAAUAUGAUAAACCGUGAUAAAAAAUUAAAGAAGCAAGAAGAGAUCCUUACAGAUCUGAUUAACAUUCCUCUGACCGCACCACAAAGACGUCUAGUGGCGUGGGAAAACGAAUUGGCUAAAAAACUCUGGGGAACGUCACUAAUGAAAGGUGCUAGUGGUAAGUUUAAGGGACAAGUCAAGGAUUCAGUUGAUCAUAAACUUACGUCUAUUCUAAAAAACACUUUAAAAUAUCAGGAUGCAGCAACAACCGUUGCAUGA